AUGACUUCAUCGUCUACUAAAGAUUUUAACAAGUCUGGAUGGAUGCCGACUUUUACGUCUACUCCUCUUGCCACAAAAGCUGCUCAACCAAGAAUUGAUAUCUCGUCAACUUCAUUCUUGAUUCCACAAUUUACACCGCAUCAAAAUAGUAAUACAAAUCAACUGGCUAAUAAUUGUCUGAUCAAUAAUCGAAGCGUAAUCACUUGUGGACCAGCUUUACAAUCUUCAAACGCUUUCACGCAAAAUACAACAGUCAUUAUUAGCGAUCAUCCUGAAGUACCUCCAAUUAGAGAGGUGGUGCAGAAUUCUGAGGGGAAUGCUUCAAGUAGAGAGCCGGUGAUUAAACAGGUUUCUGAGAGAAUUUUUAGACUAGUUUUUGCGGUUGGGUAA